AUGAACUCAUUGACCCUGGAUCUUGAAUUGAGGCAACAAGAUGAAUUAGAUAGUAUAGAGUCUAUUUAUGGAGAUAUCUUCAAAGAUAUCACACCCAAAGGUUUGGUUUGGAAUAAGAAACCUUGUCCCCAUUUCCAAAUUCGUUUAGAUUCUAAAGAAGAUGUAGAUAGACCGGAAGUAUCGAUUGUAUUAGAUAUUGAAUUUACCAAGACUUAUCCCAUUUCACCCCCAAUAAUUAAGAUCCUUGAACCUAAAAAUAUCUUGAAGUCCAAUAUCAAACAAUUGGAGAAGAAGAUUGAACAAUUAUUAUCAGAGUACCCUGAACAAGAGAUAUCAUUUAUACUUAUUAGUGAGAUUAAAUAUGCAUUGGAUGAACUUCAACAAAGAACUGAGAGGGUUCUCUCCUUGGAGGAAGAGAGAGAACGAAGGAUUAGGUUAGAACAAGAGAAAUUAUUGAAACUUGAAGCUAUUAAAGAGAUGGAAUUACAGAUCAAGCAACAGAAACAAUCAGCCGAGCUUGAUGAACAAAUUCAAAAACUUCAAGGUGAAUAUGGUAAUGAAGGUGAAGAUGAUAUCAUUGAAGAAACUGCCAUAUCGUUACCGGAGAAUUUAAAAGAUUACAUUGUAUUUGAUAAUAAUAUAACAGGAAGUAGUAUAACAGGUAAAUCAACAUUCCAAUUCAGAGCUGUUAAACCCAAGAAUAAAUAUAAAGGUGAAGAUAUACUUACGUCAAUAUGUACUCAACAGACGGUGGUAGUUCCAUAUUUGAACGCAGAAGUUCAUGAGAAAUUGACUAACAGAGGAGUUAAUGUUGAAUUCUUAAUGUCAGAGAUUGAAUUGGUGGGACCCUUCUGGUUGAGUGAUGGAGGGAAGAAAAAAGUUCAAGAUUUGGAAGCCGAUUUACUGAAUUGUUGUGGGAACUUACAUCCCAAUAUCGUAUCAUUAUAUGGUUUCCAAAUAGAUAAGAUUAGUGAUAAAGGUUGGAGGAUACGCUUAAUAACAGAAUAUUCAUCUCGAUGUUAUAGUUUGAAACAAAUCUUGGAAAUUAAUCCCGUGAUCGAUCUUGCUAUUGGAAGAGCUUGGUUGAUCCAAGUUUUACCUGCUUUGGAAGCUCUUCAUAAUCAAGGGAAAACUCAUAAAUCAAUCAAUUCUUUGACAUUAUUCUUGUACAAUUUGGCAGAACUGUCAGAAUAUCAAAUAUUGAAGCUCCUGCAUCCUUCUUAUGGAUACAAGCUUCUUAGUAUGUUUCACACGCAAUUGAAAGGAACAAAAGAAGUAACGGACAAUUCUUUUCUUUCAUCAUUUAUGCCAGAAGAUUGGUUAGCCCCAGAAGUUAGAAAACAAACAGCUAUCCACCAAAGAAAGACUGACGUAUGGGACCUUGGAGUGCUAUUCAUGAGAAUCAUGUUGGGAGCUACUUGUUUUGAUAUAGAUCCCACUUCCUUCAAUCAGAAAGUAAAUACCAAUUCCAUUGACGACGACAGAGACUUCAUUGGGGAAGUUUAUGAUAUGUUAAACAAAAUGCUACAAACAAAAUUAUCAAGACGUCCUACUGUUCUAGAAUUGAAUGCAGUGAAAUUCUUGAGAGAUGGUCCGAAUUUAUCUUCGGAAAUAUCAUUUAAAGACGGAAGAUUUGUUAAUUCAUCCACUCCCAACGGAUUUGACGAUUCUGAUAAUGAUGAUGAUAGUGAUGAUACUCCUGAAGAGAAUAAUCGACCAAUUGGAAGGUAUGAAAGGGAUUUCGAAGAAAUUGGUAGAUUAGGAAAAGGAGGAUUUGGUGAAGUUGUUAAAGUACGUAAUAGAAUGGAAGGUACGUUUUAUGCCAUUAAAAAGAUCAAACAUAGAGUUCAUAAACUUGAUUCCUUAUUGAGUGAAGUACUUUCUUUAGCAAGAUUAAAUCAUCAGUAUAUUGUUAGAUACUAUGGGACUUGGGUAGAGGAACUUCCAGAAGAACGAGAAAGAGAGGAUUCUUCAGAUGAAGAAAAUUUUGAAGAAAAUAUGAUUCAUAGCUCAAAGUCAUUCUUACAAAGUCAUGAUAAUUCUUUUCAAGUUGAUUUCAUUUCCAACUCCUUUGAUCCUAACAUCACUUUUGGUACUCAGAAUACCGAUGAUUUAAACUUUGAGUUUGGUUCAAGAUCAGACGAUGAGGAUGAUGAUACUGAAGGUACUCUGAUACAAAAGAAAUACGUCAAACAAAAUCAACAGCAAGCAAUGUUAUACAUUCAAAUGGAAUUCUGUGAGAACAAUACCUUAUCGAAUUUGAUUGAACAAGGAUUACCUAAUAAUCUGAAUGAAUAUUGGAGAUUGUUCCGUCAAUUAUUAGAAGCAGUUUCUUAUAUUCAUGGAGAAGGAUUUAUCCACAGAGAUCUUAAACCAAUGAACAUUUUCAUUGAUAAGUCUAAUAACAUCAAAGUAGGGGACUUUGGAUUAGCUAAAAAUUCCCAGUUCUCUUCAGUGUUACUGAAUAAUAAUCAAGUUGGGUCAACUAAUGAUAAGGACUUAUCCACUGUUGUAGGAACAUUAUUUUAUAAUGCUAAAGAAGUAGCUACUGGUAGUUACGAUGAGAAAGUCGACAUGUAUUCCUUAGGGAUCAUUUUCUUCGAGAUGUGUUACGCCUUAAGUACAGGUAUGGAAAGAGCCCAUAAGAUCAAUGAUUUAAGAUUGGUAUCCAUAAAUUUCCCUCAGGACUUUUCUGAUUCCAAGUAUCGUUUAGAGAAAAAGAUUAUAAGAUUACUUUUGGAUCAUGAUCCUAAAAAAAGGCCCGGAGCUUCUGCAUUACUUCAAAGUGGAUGGAUGCCGGUGGAACAUCAGGAUCAAGUUAUUAAAGAAGCUUUGAAGUCUUUAGCUGAUCCAGCAUCUCCUUGGCAACAACAAGUAAGAGAGACUUUAUUUGCUCAACCUUAUCUGUUGGCAAAAGAUUUGAUGUUCAAUAGAAGACCUGAUACUCCACUGAAACAACAAAUGGAAUUGAAUAUGGAAGAUUAUUUGUUAUUCAAUAACACCAUCACCAACUUAUUCGAAAUCUUCAAGAAACAUGGAGCUGUUGAAGAACUUAACUCUGGAAUUUUGAUGCCUAAGACACCUAAUUAUUCAAGAGAAGCUGUUUAUGAGGUAUUGGAUAAAAGUGGAUCUGUGUUACAAUUACCUUAUGAUUUGGUAUUACCAUUUGCUAGGUUUUUGAGCAGGAAUAAGCUCGAAGUUCCAAAACUUUAUCGUCACAAUUUUGUAUUCAGACCUAAUCUUAGAGGUCCUGGAGCUCCUGAGAAGUUCAGUGUAGUUAGUUUUGAUAUUAUCAGUAAUGAAAAUUCCAAUGUAUUCCUUAAUGAUGCUGAAUGUAUCAAAGUUGUUGACGAAAUCAUGAGCAAUUUUGCUGCUUUUGGAGUCAAAGGAUCAAGUAAGAUUCUUACCAUCAACCACAGUGAUAUCCUUGAUGCUGUAUUAACACAUUCAUUUGGAAAUAUUGGUAUUGACGAAAAAUCAAAAUUCGAAGUUAUGGAGAUCUUAUCACAACUUGGUAUUGAUAGAGGAGCCGAAGAGAUUAAGAAAUAUCUUCGUGAAGAUUAUAAAGUCCCUUCAACCGUUACCAAUGAUUUAAUCGAUUUGUUCAAUUUCAAUAUUGAACCCGAAAGAGCCAGAAGUAAAUUACAGAAAUUAUUCCUUGACUCUCCAUUAUUGGUCAAAGUUGAAAGAGCUAUGAAGUACAUUAUGAGUGUGUUAUCUAUUUUACGUGUCUUGGGAGUCAAAACCCCAAUAUUCUUCAACCCUUUAAGUAACUAUAACUGUAGAUAUUAUACUGGAGGAUUGAUGUUUCAAUCAUUGUUCAAGAUAGAUAAGGUGAGGAAAUAUACUAGAGUUGCAACUGGUGGAAGAUAUGACAGCUUAAAGAAUUCUUUUGCCAACAAAGGUAUUAGUAAAACUUCUAAAAAUGGGGUGGUAGGAUUUCUGAUCUCAUCGACAUAUUUGUUCUUAUUAACCAAGAAUUUUGAGAAAAAAUUAUUGGGUUCCAGUGACAAGUCUAGGAAAUGGAAUAAUGGUAGAUGUUCCGUGCUAGUCACAAGUUUGAAUAAAGAAUUUUUAGGAGACUGUGGAUUAGAUAUUUUAAAAUCUUUAUGGGAUAAUGACAUUAGUUGUGAUCUCUAUUUAGCUUCAUCUCAAGAAGAUUAUUUGGAUAAAGCUGAUAACGAGAAAAUACCUUGGGUGGUGAUUAUUAGGUCUGCCACUAAUACUAAGAAGAAGACUAAAAAAUCCACCACUAUGUAUAAGUCUAUCAGAGUCAGAGACAUGGAAACCAAUAGGGAUGCUGAUGUGGAUGCUGAAGAGAUCGUGAAAUAUAUCCAAGAAGCAAUCAAUAACCGAAAAACUGAAGAAUUAAAUGAUCAUAAAACCAAAGAACCAAAAGUUUCCGAACCUGAUGAAUUUCUUUUGGGAGAUAGUCCAUUAUAUUCAGUUGAAAUCAAUCAAAAGGCUUUAGUGGUAGCCAAUGAAGCCCCUAGAGGAAGAAAGAAUAAUAAGAGUAUCAAAUGGGAACAAGAAAAUGACUCCAUCAUAGCAUCAGCGAAUUUCAUAAAGACUUUAGCUUCAUCAACAGUGAUAAGUGUUGAUGUAAGUGAUGAAGUGGUGGAAGCCAUUGUAUCGACUUCCUUAAAGCAACAAGAUUUAUGGAUUCGUAAAGUUUUCGCUGCUGGUAGUAAUAUUCCACGAUCUUUUGCUAUCAAUAUUUACAAUUCUUUAGCCAAAGAAGCUUCUAAAGGAACGAGAUGGGUUAUACUUUAUUCCAGUAAAACCAAGAAUACGGCAUUAGUAGACCUUGAAAAAUAA